CCGAACAUUUUAAACCCUUUCCUCACGGGACUAUUGAGAUGCACCGUUAACGUUUCGACGGAACCUCCUCUCGGACUCUGAAAUGAACCUAAAGUGGACAUUGAAACGAUUUCUUCUUGCGUCAUUUGCAAUCUCCCACUUGCUGCUACUGGAGGGAGCUCAGAGCCGACUUUCAGUGGUUGAAGAAAGAAUACAGAGAAGGGCUAAUGCACUUCGGAGGAAACGGGAUCUCCUCGGGGAGGAGGUUGGUACACUACACCUAAGAGAACCAGAGGAGACACACAGGCCGCUGCUGUCGGAGGGUGCUGUGCCACGCAGCAUUUCACACAACUUCACAGCCAGAGAUUCCUCUUCGGAAUAUUGCGGCUGCCUCAAUGGCGGUUGGUGUCAGGAGGGCGGCGUGUGUGACUGUGCUCAGUUCCAGGCACUGGGAGACCGCUGCCAGAUCAUUCCUAACCAGGGCCAGGAUAGAGACGGGAUCUGCAGGUCGUGGGGUCAACACCACUACGAAACAUUUGAUGGAAUAUACUUCUACUUCCCUGGAACCUGCUCUUAUAUUCUGGCCCAAGACUGCCACUCCACUGCACCACAGUACACGGUGUGGGUCCACAACAGUAGAGUUUGUGACGGAAGUGUGUAUUCAUGCCCAAGAGCUCUCAGUCUGUUCUUCCCGAAUGAGGAGGAGAUCCACAUCUCUGGAUAUCAGGUCCACCAGGGAGGCCACAGGUUAAGUCUGCCUCAGACCGUUGGCGGCGUGUUUAUUGAGCGACUGGCCGAUUACCUGCUGGUGAAGAGUGUGUUUGGAUUUUCUUUGGCCUGGGAUGGAGGCUCGGGCGUCUACCUGAAAAUGAGCGAGGAGCACCUGGGGGGCCCCUGUGGCCUAUGUGGGAACUUCAACCAUCUCGCCAGCGAUGACCUCACCACUGCCCGUGGCAUUCGGACUGAUGAACCCUCGGUGUUUGCUAACAGCUGGGCCGUGGACCUGCCUCACGAGAGAGCCUGUCCAUCAGUGGACCUCGACUUCAAUGGGCCCUGCCACUCUGAGUCCGACAUGGACGAUGCCAUAGAGAAAUGCAGCGCCCUUCUCUUCUUCCCAUUUCUGUCCUGUCAUGAAAACAUUGACCCAAAUCCCUUUGUGGCCAGCUGCGUGUCCGACCUUUGUGUAUCUGACGACGAGGAAACGUUUUGUCAGGCCUUAGUUGAGUACACCAGAGCCUGCUCGCAUGUUGGUUACCCAGUAAGAGAGUGGAGAGACAGCUUCCCUUCUUGUAAUGAUGGCUGUGAGGAGAGUUUUGUAUAUAGAGACUGUAUCAGUUGUUGUCCACCCACCUGUACAUUUGAGAAGGAGUGUCUAGGAACCAACUUGCAUUGUCUGGAUGGCUGCUACUGUCCUGAUGGUCUUAUCCUACAAAAUGGAACAUGUAUUGCUGUUUCUCAGUGUCCAUGUGUUUACCAUGGGACUUCAUAUGUACAAGGACAUGUGCUUCAACAAGGAUGUAGUGUAUGUGUGUGCAUGGGAGGAGUGUGGAACUGCACUGAGAACAACUGCACAGCCGAGUGUUCGGUGGUAGGUGACGUGUUCGUGACAACGUUUGACGGCAGGAUGUUUCUCCAGCCGGGGUCAUGUCAGUACGUCCUGGUAAAGAGCCGCAGCAGCAGCAGGUUCACCGUCACGCUGCAAUACACCACCUGUGCAGAGCAGCAGGUGUGCAUUCAGUCAGUGACAGUGGUGUUGGAUGAAGAUGUGAGUCGACAGAUCACUUUGACCAGAGAGGGGGAGGUGAUAAUUGGUGUUAACCCAGUGCCUGUCCUGCCAUAUGUUGAUGAUGCAUUGGAAGUGCAGAGGCUUACCUCUGUGUUCAUGCAGUUGAAGGCAGCAGUUGGUCUGAGGCUGCACUAUGAUGGUCGAGGGGGUCGGGUCUAUCUGCAGCUGGGCAGCCAGUGGCGUGGACAGACGCUGGGCCUCUGUGGAACCUUCAAUGGAAAUCUGCGAGAUGACUUCCUGUCCCCAGCAGGAAUGAUAGAGGGCACACCUCAGCUUCAUGCCAAUUCUUGGAAGGUUUCUUCUGCUUGUGUGGCUCCAGUCAACUUGCCCAUCAUAGACCCAUGUGAGAUGAACCAGCACAAUGUUUUCUAUGCAUCCCAGUGUGAGGUGCUUCUUGGCAGUGUGUUUGUCGCAUGUCAUGGCUUCAUCAGUCCAAACAUCUACCAGCAGCAGUGCCGCUACCAGGCCUGUCGUUGUGGAAGCAGCUGUUUAUGCACAGCGCUGGCUCACUACGCUUACCUCUGCUCCAAACAUGGAGUCAACGUUGAUUUCAGAUCACAUGUGUCUGAAUGUGGAGUGGUGUGUCUUGGAGGCAUGCUGCACCACUCUUGUGUGUCGUCUUGUGGGCGUUUCUGCCGCGGUCUGUCUGGCACGGAGACGUGUAACCCUGACGACUGUGCCGAGGGGUGCGGCUGUCCAAACGGCAGUUACCAUGACGAUGUGCGCCAGCGCUGCGUGCAACUGUCUCAGUGUCACUGUUACUCCAUGGGUGGUGUGUCCCAGCCAGGGGAGGUGACCUUCAGCGCCUCUGGCCCUUGCCUUUGCAGAAACGGGAAGAUGGAGUGUGUGCCAGAAGAAAAAGAGCCAGAUAGCGUAGAGGUCGGGGAGUGUCCAGAGGGUAAAGUGUACCAUAGCUGCGGCGAGCAGCGGGGAGGCGUGGCCUGUUCACCAACCUGCCAUAACCUGAUGUUGAACCUCACCUGCCCUCCCAGCACACCGUGCGUCCCUGGCUGCGUCUGCCCUCCUGGGCUGGUGCUGCACCAUAGCAAGUGCUACUAUCCAGAGAACUGCCCUUGUGCCUGGCUGGGCCUUGAAUACCUGCCUGGAGAAACUGUGGAAACUCCAUGUUACAAAUGUGUGUGUCACCGCGGAUAUUUUAACUGCAGCUACUCACCAUGUCCGGCAGUGUGUACUGUGUACAGCGACAGACACUACCACACCUUUGAUGGCCUCGAGUAUGACUACUACUCCGACUGUCAGGUCUACCUGCUUAAAAGUUCAGAAGAACCCGAGGUGUCUAUUGUCGCCCAAAACAAGGACUGCUAUGAGAGCGGCAUUGUGUGCAUGAAAAUACUGGUCAUUCAUGUGGGACUCACCAAGAUCUACUUCACCGACAAUUCUGGCAUCCCCAACCCGUCGACUGUUGUAGGUCGAGGAUCAGAAUUUGAGCUUUGGAGAACCGGCUACUACACCGUGGUUCACUUCUCACAUCAGGACCUGACCAUCCUCUGGGACCGGAAGACGACUGUUCACAUUAGAGCCGGACCUCAGUGGAAGGGCCUUCUUAGCGGACUGUGUGGAAAUUUUGAUAGCGUGACAGUGAAUGAUAUGACCACUUCCAGCCAAAUGGAAGUCAACAAUGCACAGACCUUUGGAGACAGCUGGGCCCUGGGACAGUGCGAAAGUGACUAUGUAGUCGAGAGGCCGUGUGAAGGCGAUUUGGGCAGACAGCCGUACGCAAAGAGGGAGUGUGCGCUCCUGUACAGCGAUGUCUUUGCACCCUGUCACAACGUGGUGGAUGUGGCCUGGUUCUACAGGAACUGCCUGACAGACACUUGCAAUUGUAACCGUGGGGGGGACUGUGAGUGUCUGUGUACGUCCAUUGCCGCAUACGCACACAAAUGCUGCCAACAGGGGGUCACGAUUCACUGGAGAUCGCCCUCUGUCUGUCCCUAUGAUUGUGAAUACUUUAAUCAAGAGCUAGGUGAGGGCCCAUUUUCCUUGGUGAGUGCUGCUCAUAAUGACACCGUGUUUGGAGUGAAUCGUAGCAGCGGUUCAGUGUUUCCUCUGGUGAGAGAGAGACCAGGGCAGUUGCCUUCCCCGGGCUUACUGUUCAACUUCAUGAUCACAGCAGGCUUGCAGAAGGAGAGAACAUCUCGUUUCCCUGUCGUGUCACUGGAGUCCGCAGAGAGACCGAACUAUUUCCUCGUCGUGUCAGGACGCAGUCUCCAGUUGGAGCGCUGGAGUCGAGGGCCUGAGUUUAGUCUCAGAGGCACCUUCAUCCAGCACCAGGGACUGUUCCUACCGGGUCACACCUCCUUUGAGCUCGUCGGCCAACCUGGCGUCUUUCUGACACUGACACGUACUGCUGCACAAGCUGAGCCUUACGACUCCUCAGAGGGCUUCAAAGCAAGCAGCUGCUUCACACUGGAGGAGAGUAAUUUCGUGAUACCGUACCGUAUGAUGUGUGAGUGGCGCUACCAGGCCUGUGCCAGCCCUUGUGUCCACUCGUGCGGUGACCCAGAUGCAACCCGCUGCCAGUUCCUGCCCCCUGUGGAAGGCUGCUUCCCACGUUGUCCCAAGAACAUGGUCCUCGAUGAAGUCACCAGAAGAUGCGUCUAUGCAGAAGACUGUGUGUCUCUUGCCCCAACUCCAACACCCUUUGCCUACGUGACGCGGUCCAACAGGACCUCUGCAGCGCCAUCAACAACGACUGCCACUACGACAACUACUACUAGCACUACCAGAAGGCCUAGAACCACAAACACCACCAUGACCACCACCACAACCACCACUGACACCCCUCGAGCAAUAACUACCUCCUCCGCUACAGUCAGGCCCUCCACAACCACCACAACGCCCGCUACCUCCACCACGACAUCAGCAAGUGAGCGUGUCACCACUCCGCUAACCCUGUCUCCAUCGACGUCUCCCCCUGCUCCUCCCACCACCAUUUUUUCUACCACUCCCACUCCCUCAACCAAGCCAGAGACGACUGAGAUGACCCCCACUCAAACUACGGUAACCGCGAGGGAGACCACGACUAGCACCACAGCGGCUCCCUCCAUUGUUCCCCCUGAGGCUACUACCGUCACCAUCACUGCUUCUCCUCAAUCGCCCUCCACUCUCUCUUCCGCCACCGUUCCCUCCACUCCUACAUCGGCCAGCGUUGCCGCAUUGUCGACGCCGUCGCCAGCAUCCCCAGAGACUCCUGCUCCACCUCCUCUAACUCCCCCCUCCACGCAGCCACCGCCCACCGCGGCCGUCACAACUCCUGUCCAUCAAACCACCACCGGAACGCCAGCCGCUCCUCGGCCUCCACCUGGUGACGCAACCGUCAAGAUUGAGACCACGACCCCAACAGACGAUCAAGUUGUUGAGACAACCUCAGAGCCAUUUCCUACAACCGCCGAGCCGAUAUCCACAGAGAUGACCACCAGUGCUGACACCUCCUCUGUAACAGUGGAAGCAUCGACCACACAUGCGCUCCUCUUGCCCACUACUCCCUGCACACCUCCAUACUCCUACCGCAUCGAUGAGUGUGCUGAGCUCAUCUGUUUCAACGGGGAGCUGCUGCUUCACAACUCGUCCCUACACUGUCGCUACAGCACCACUCAGCCCCAGUGCAGUCUGCUGGGCCUGCCCAUCCUCAUCAACACCGACGCCUGCUGUCCCCUGUGGCAGUGCCCCUGUCGCUGCACCGUGAUGUCAGACCUGCGUGUCAUCACAUUUGAUGGCAACAAUGUGGCCUUGUAUGAUAACGGCUCCUACAUCCUGGUUAACCUGCCUCAAGAAACUAUAAUUGGCACUGUAGAGAAAUGUCCUACCAGCCAGAGUGUAAACUCCAUCAGACGAACGACUCCUACUGGUGGAACAUCUGGUCUGUGUUUUAGAAAGCUGAACAUUACUACCUCCUCCUACAGAAUCAUUAUCAACCGACUGGAUCGCAAGGUGACAGUGAACUACAGACCCGUUAGACUUCCAUUCUCCCGUCACUCUCUUUAUGUGGAAGACACAGGCAGCAUGUACCUGAUCCACACACCUGGCGGGGUCAGCAUACAAUGGUAUCACAGCACUGGCAUCAUGGUUCUGCAGUACAUCACUCCUUAUAAUGCAUCGGUGCCCACUCGAGGCCUUUGUGGUUGUUGUGAUGGGAACCCAGAAGAUGACCUGAAGCUGCCCAAUGGUACAGUGGUUCGAGAGGUGGGGGACAUGGGGCUCUUUCUUCAGGCUUGGAGGGUUCACACCACCGACGAAACGGAACACACACGCAGAGUCGGAGACAACUGCACUAUUGAGGACUGCUCCACCUGCCUGUCCAUGCUGCGCCAGAGAGCCUUCACGCCCUGCCACAGCAAGGUUCCUCCAGAGCACUUCUGUGACAUCAUGUGGGCGGGGGACCUGCACUACAAGGAUCACCAGUGUGACUUUCUGGCGGCCUACGUGGCGGUCUGCUACACACAUCAGGUCUGCAUCAGCUGGAGACGACACAACUUCUGUCCAUUGCGGUGCCCCCCUGGAAAGGAAUACCAGCCAUGUGUGAGCACCUGCGCCAGCCGCACCUGUCUGAACAGAGAUUACUACGAGGAGACUACCUGCUCCUUCAUCAGAGAGGAGUGUGUGUGCCGCGAUGGAACUAUUCUGCACCGCGCUGACUCCCCUUUCUGUGUAACUGAGGACCGCUGUGUGUGCACAGAUAACGAGGGUAACCCCCGGGCCCCCGGCGAGGUCUGGAACGGCUCCUUUCGCGGCUGUUGUCUGUACAAGUGUAUGGAGAAUGGCUCUGUGGUGGCUGUUGAGCCGGACUGCAGCUCCAGCCCUGGACCGCUGUGUGAGAGAGAGGGCGAGUAUGUGCUGGACGUGUUGAAAGAAGGAACCUGCUGUCCAAAGAAAAUCUGUGAGUGCAACAUGACCAUCUGUGACAGCGAAGCUCCCCCUUGUGAUAACGGGAACAGAUUAGUGAUCGGUUACAGCGCUCUGUCCUGCUGCCCCGAGUACAGAUGUGAGUGUGACGCCAUGGCAUGCCCUCCUGUGUCUGCCCCUAACUGCAGGGAAGAUCAGUUCCUAGUGGAGGUCAGGGGGGCAAAAUCCUGCUGCUACUCAUACCUGUGCGUGUGUGAGUCCUGUAUUGAAUCCAUUCCAAGUUGUUCACAUGGAGAAAUUUUGGCUGUGGAUCUAAACACAACCAACAGCUGCUGUCCACAGUACUACUGCAUGUGCGAUGUCAACCUGUGCCCUGAUUCAUCUGUGACCUGUGCACCUGGUCUGUCUUUAGUCCAAACCGCUGUCCCUGGGCAUUGCUGCCUGCAGCACCACUGCGAAUGCCAAUGCGAGGACAGCUCUUCCCCAAUCUGUCAGGUGGGGGAAGUGCUGGUCGAGGUUCCAGUCAGUAGCACCAACUGCGGCUGUCUUCAGCAUUCAUGCCAGAAAGCAGAGGUGUGUCUUUUCCAAGGGGUAACAGUACUGGGCCCAGGCCAGUCUCUGGUUCAGUACUUUGAAGGAGAUAUGUGUUACGCUGUUCACUGCCUGCACCACAAAGAUCCAGAUUCUGGCUUCUACGCCAUGGAAAUUAUCUCCGUCAACUGCUCCCAGAAAUGUGGGCCUCACCAGGUGUACGUAACGUCAACGGACCCUCAGGUCUGCUGCGGCUCCUGUAAAAAUGUCUCCUGUACUUUCAACAAUGAAAACGGGACAGCAGAGCUUUUUGCCGCAGGGAGCUCCUGGGUGGAGAACUGCACACGUUACGACUGCAUGGAAACAGCAGUGGGAGCAGUAAUACUGGCCUCUGGGGUGAUUUGUCCACCUUUCAAUGAAACCGAGUGUAUUCAGAAUGGCGGUGUGGUUCAGAGCUAUGUGGAUGGUUGCUGCAGGACAUGUAAGGAGGACGGUAAGACUUGCAAACGUGUGGCCAUUCGAACCACCAUUAGAAAAGAUGACUGCAGGAGCAACGCACCGGUGACAGUCUAUUCUUGCGAUGGGAAAUGCCCGUCUGCCACCAUAUUCAACUUUAACAUCAACAGUCACGCCCGGUUCUGUAAGUGCUGCCGCGAGAGUGGACUGCAGACCCGCUCUGUCACGCUCUUCUGCUCUCGCAAUGCCACAGUCGUGGAGUACAACUUUCAAGAGCCUUUGGACUGUUCCUGCCAGUGGAACUAAAAAAUAGAGUCCGGAGAGAAAAAUGAAUGAGAGCAUAACGCAUGAAGAGACUGCAUGAAUAAAGGGGUGAAUUCCAUUUUUUUGAGGUUUGAGCAUGAAAACGGUUGAGCAUGAAAACCAGCCAUGUUUCAUUUUAUUUUGAUUCUGAAUAUAAGUGAUGUAAGCUUGAGAUUGUUUUCAAGGAAGUAGUUUUGUCUGCACUUUUCAGUUUUUCAUUUCUGCAAUAGCUGCUGUUCCAACGCAGUCUUCUAUCUAGUGCUUUCAGGUGGCGGCACGAAGCCCUUAGCCUAUUAUCCUAAUGUGUAUUAACAAUCGCUAUAAUAAUGACACAGAAGUUGUUGCAUUCAUGACUGCUGUUGGGUUCAAAUACUGUACAUGCUUCAAAUUUAGCCUUUGAACAAAUGAGUGCGGUGUGAAGCUUUUUUCCUUGGAAAGGUUUAAUGUGACCAUGGGGCUUUUACAGUUGCUGUACUUUAAAGUAGGGGAAUAAAAAGAUUUAACAGUG